CCAUCGACGGGCUCAGGUCCUUCUACUUUGGUCUUGUCUGGAGAGCGAGAGCGAGUGCUCUUGGGAGAAACGUGGGCCCGCGGCGGUCGACUAGUCAGGCCUCAGAAAGAUGGCGUCCUCGGAGCAGGCAGAGCAGCCGAACCAGCCAAGCACUUCUCCAGGAAGUGAGAAUGUGGUGCCCCGAGAGCCACUGAUUGCCACAGCAGUGAAGUUCCUACAGAAUUCUCGGGUCCGGCAGAGUCCACUUGCGACCAGGAGAGCAUUUCUUAAGAAGAAAGGGUUGACAGAUGAAGAGAUUGACCUGGCUUUCCAGCAGUCAGGCACUGCUACCGAUGACCCGCCCCCCCUGGGCCCACCUACCCCCGUGGUUCCCAUCCAGCCCCCUCACCUCAUCUCGCAGCCAUACAGCUCUGGAGGCUCCAGAUGGCGAGAUUACGGUGCCUUGGCCAUCAUCAUGGCAGGAAUUGCAUUUGGCUUUCACCAGCUGUACAAGAAGUACCUGCUGCCCCUCAUCCUAGGAGGCCGAGAGGACAGGAAGCAGCUGGAGAGGAUGGCGGCGAGUCUCUCCGAGCUGAGUGGCAGCGUGGCCCAGACAGUGACUCAGGUACAGACGACACUGGCCUCUGUCCAAGAGUUACUGAGACAGCAGCAGCAGAAGGUCCAGGAGCUGGCCCAUGAGCUGGCCGCCGCCAAGGCCACCACGUCAACCAACUGGAUCCUGGAGUCCCAGAACAUUAAUGAGCUCAAAUCGGAAAUCAACUCCUUGAAAGGGCUUCUUUUGAACCGGAGGCAGUUCCCUCCCUCCCCAUCAGCCCCGAAGAUCCCCUCCUGGCAGAUCCCAGUGAAGUCUCCAUCACCCUCAAGCCCCGCGGCCGUGAACCACCACAGCAGCAGCGACAUCUCCCCCGUCAGCAACGAGUCCACUUCGUCCUCUCCUGGGAAGGAGAGCCACAGUCCUGAGGGCUCCACAGCCACAUACCACCUGCUGGGCCCCCAGGAGGAGGGCGAAGGGGUGCUAGAUGUCAAGGGCCAGGUGAGGAUGGAGGUGCAGGGGGAGGAGGAGAAGAGGGAGGAUAAGGAGGACGAGGAGGAUGAGGACGAUGACGUGAGCCAUGUGGACGAAGAGGACGUCCUUGGGGUACAGAGGGAGGACAGACGAGGUGGGGACGGGCAGAUCAACGAGCAGGUAGAGAAGCUGAGGCGGCCAGAGGGCGCCAGCAAUGAAAGUGAGCGAGACUAGGGCUGGCCUGCCUUCCCUGCUCCCCAGGACAUCAGUGGCAGGUGGGCGUGAGCCGUGGCUCUGCCUCCAUGAGGGGGCCCGGCAACCCAGGUAGGGGUGGGCUGUCCUCGGAUGCAGCAGUGUGGGGUUGCCUUUCUGUUCACCAGCCUCCCAAACACCUCCCCCAGCCCCAGCCCCAGCCCCAGUGGCUCUGGCUGUCCACAAGCCAGGCGGAGGACUCGGGAGCUCUGCACUCAAGCCCCUGCCGAGCCCCCUCCUGGACAGGUGUCUUGUCCAGGUGUGUCCUCUGAGUAUCUUGACUAGCUGACACCAUGCAUGGCCAGAGCUCAUGUCAUCUCCUGCCUCCUGUCACCUCAGUGCAGGGGGAACUGCGGCCCCCUUGGUCUUGCUGUUUCCCACUGUGCCCUGGCCUGGCCUGUGGCUUCUUCUUUGCCUGUUCCAGAAGCCAGGGCUCUGGACUUGCUCUUCAUCGUGUGGGCCUGCCAGGACCCAGCCUCCCCACUACCAGGUCCUGGCUGACGGAUGCCGCCCUUGGGCACCUGCUCAGCCCACCUGCCCUGUUGUCCUCACCACACAAGACCAUCCUCGCUUGCUGUGUCGUGGUUUGGCUGCUCGGUGGCGAGGCAUGCUCUACGUCUUGCGGUGGAGCCAGGCAGCAGGGCCUUCCUGACCAACAGCCAUGUCUGUCCUUCCACUGAGAAACACAUGUUCAUUUAUGUGAUCAUGUAUAGAUUUCAGAAUAUAAGAUAUGACUGUACAUAAUUGUAAUAAAUAUGAGUUGCCAUAUUUAA